GAGAAGGACACGUAUUUUUUGGUCCUUGCGUCCUGGUUAUUGUUGAACCCCGCGUUUAUUUCUACUGUUUGUCCUCCGUCUGGCUUGUUGUGAGGAUGCGCGCGCUUUCCGUUAUUGUUUUGUUUGCGUUUAUAGCCGGGGCUGCGGCCGAUACUCCGGCAAACUGCACAUAUGAGGACCUGCUGGGCACCUGGAUCUUCAGUGUGUCCAAUGUGGGUCAGGACAAGACCAUCAACUGCUCCAGUACAGGCCAGGCGGUGAGCACGGUGACUGUGGACCUGCAGAAGCUGUCCGUAGCUGUGGAUGAUCUGGGUCACACAGGCUUUUUCACACUCAUCUAUAACCAGGGCUUCGAGGUGGUGAUCAAUGAAUACAAAUGGUUCGGGUUUUUCAAGUAUACUCAGCAGGGCUCAGAGGUGGUGAGUUACUGCGAUCAGACGCUGCCCGGUUGGGUUCAUGAUGUUUUGGGCAGUAACUGGGCCUGUUUCACCGGGAAGAAAGUGCAGCCCAUCCCUCCCCGAGUGGACCGUCGUCACAUGCUUGGAUUUGAGCACAGACUGCUGAUGAAGCUGCCGUACACGAACAACAUGAUGUUUGUGGAUGAAAUAAACUCCGUUCAAAAGUCUUGGACAGCAACGGUGUACAGUUUUCAUGAGACUCUGUCCAUACAUGAGAUGCUGAGAAGAUCAGGAGGACCUGCCUCCAGAAUUCCACGACGUGUCAGGCCUGUAACUGUUGCUGCGGACAGUAAAGCAGCCGCUGGUCUUCCUCAACACUGGGAUUGGAGAAACGUUAAUGGAGUCAACUUUGUCAGUCCAGUUCGCAACCAAGCUCAGUGCGGCAGCUGCUACUCUUUCGCCACUAUGGGAAUGCUGGAGGCACGAGUGCGGAUCCAGACCAACAACACUCAGCAGCCGGUGUUCAGUCCGCAGCAGGUGGUGUCCUGCUCGCAGUAUUCACAAGGUUGUGAUGGAGGCUUUCCCUACCUGAUUGGAAAAUACAUCCAGGAUUUCGGCAUCGUGGAGGAGGACUGUUUCCCGUACACCGGGUCUGAUUCUCCCUGCAACCUGCCUGCAAAGUGCACAAAGUACUACGCCUCAGAUUACCACUACGUCGGCGGGUUUUACGGCGGAUGCAGCGAGUCUGCCAUGAUGCUGGAGCUGGUGAAGAACGGCCCCAUGGGAGUCGCUCUGGAGGUCUAUCCCGAUUUCAUGAACUAUAAAGAGGGAAUCUACCAUCACACCGGCCUGCGGGACGCCAACAACCCAUUCGAGCUGACCAAUCACGCUGUGCUGCUGGUGGGUUACGGCCAGUGCCACAAAACUGGAGAGAAGUACUGGAUCGUGAAGAACAGCUGGGGAAGCGGAUGGGGAGAAAACGGCUUUUUCAGGAUCCGUCGUGGAACGGAUGAGUGCGCCAUCGAGAGCAUCGCCGUCGCUGCUACGCCAAUCCCCAAACUGUAGAGAGAGAGGGCGUUCAGAUGUGAUUUUUAUACCCAUUCUGCUUUUAUUUCUGAAUGUUUUUAUAAUGCCACCUCUAGAUUGAAGGGAUAGUUCAACCAAAAAUGGAAAUUUGCUUACUAUUUACUUGCCCUCAAGUGGUUCCAAACCCAUUUGAGAUUCUUUCUUCUGACAUUUCGUCAUCGAGAGCAUCGCCGUCGCUGCUACACCAAUCGCCAAACUGUAGAAAGAGCGUUCAGAUGUGAUUUUAACCCAUUCUGCUUUUAUUUCUGAAUGUUUUAUUAUGCCACUUGUGCAGCUUAAAUGGAUAGUUCAGCCCUAAACGAAAAUCUACUUAAUAUUUAUUUGCUCUCAAGUGGUUUUAACCCUAUUUGAGUUUCUUUCCUCCAUCUUUUUCAGAAUAAAACCUAUUGACAUUUUUACACUAAGCUACAAAACUCAAUACAGUCUUUGAUUUCUCAAAUGGCCUCUAAAUGUCUUUCUGUAGCCAUACAAUGAGCCACUUUUGGCUUCUUUUUCCAAGCAGAAUGUGUGAACUGAAAAUCAAUAGCCUCGAUUUGAUCCAUUUUCCCAAUUUCUCAGACCUUACACUGCUUUAUCUUCAGCCUCCGAGGGCUUUUGCCUUCACGCUGGUCUGGUUUUUCGUGAGUCUGGUGUCGUUUCUCUGUUUCUCCAGAGCUUUUGACUCUCCUCUUGUUGGCCUGGAGGGGGUUUAUUCAUUUUCUGUGCCUUUACUGUCAGCAACGGUGGGGUCUCUUCAUUUCUGCCCCUUCAACCUCUAACCGAGUUGAGCUUGUUCUUUAAGAUCCGUCAGAGAGUCAGUCUGAAAAAUGAAUCCAAGAGAAAUUCUCUGAGAAAUGUCAUGUUUCUGUCUUCAGCCUCUGAUUGUUGCUGUCAGCCAAAAUCAACCAGUCUAGAGUCUAGUUUGAGUUUUAAAAUGAUGCAAGCAUACUGAAUACUGUAGGGUUUGUAAUCUAGUGUUUGCUGUUUGUUGAAAAGAGGCAUUUUAAUUUGUUCUUGCACUAAAGAAAGUUGCUUGAAGUGAUAGUUCACCCAAAAUUAUAGUUCAUUCAUUUUUUUAUGCAUGUUUGAAACCAGUUUUAGUUUUAUUUUCUGUUGAACACAAAGGAAAAUGUAUUGAAGAAUGGAAAAAAACAGCCAUUGACUUGAGUAGUAUUACUUUGUUCCUACUUUGGAUGUCAAAUAUCUGCUUUUUCAUUAUUUUUCAGGAUAUCAUGUUUUGUGUUCUACACAAGAAAGAAAUACAUUAAUGUUUACAACUAAUUGAGCAUGAAAUAAUACAUUUUAAAUUUUUUUUGAGUGAACUAUCCCUUUAAAAUGUUUUUAGAAAUAAGGGAUCUCUUUUUAGAUUUGUAUUGAUCCAUGUGUGGCGUUAAUGUCACAUUUUAACUCGAUGCCACAUCAAUUUUGCACUGUGUUAAUAGACAUUUUGUAUUCAGAGAAUACCAAGUUGUUCUCAGGAAAAUCAAUACUUGUGGUUUAAUCGGCAAUCACUUUAUCAAUAGCGAUAGACUAAAGGGACGAAUGUGUGUAUUUUUGAGUCCUCUCUGGCUGUUUGCCAACAGAUUAGCUGCUCGAGACUGUUUGAAGUUGAUGGUUUAUCAAUUUUUGCCUUUUUGUGCUACUGUAUCAGUCAUGAUUUUAAAUAAAAUGCUUUUUAAGGUA